GCUCCGCUUCCUGUGGACGAUAGAAUGCUGAACUACACUUCCCAGAUUGCAACUGUCCGGGAAGUGACGUACGAUACUGGAAGCCGUCACGUGAUCACUAGUUCUCGCACCCUUUUGCUGCCGGAAUGUUUGAUUCCGAGUUUAAUGCACGUGGUUACAGGUUGGAGCUGAUUCUGCACCGUGUUAAUAUCGCGACAUCACUGGAUGUCACAGGAUGAUAGUGUCCUGUGAAAACAGAUGGCCAGACCGAGGAGACAGAUUUGUCGCGUUGUGCUGGACUAUUUUGAUAAAACGUACACAAAUGAAUUGGGCGAUCAGUGGCAAACAGUCAAGGAAGUGCUGACGGCGCCCGGCCUCUGGCAGUAUGCCGUGUUACUGAAUCAUUUCAAGUGCAGUUUGGAGACCAGGAAACAUCUAUUGAUGCAGGGUUACCACCGGCUCACACAUCAAACCUUUCCAGAAAAAUUGGAGUGCUAUAUCAAUAGGAAUCCUGGAAAAUUUCCUUCACAGCGCCAUCAAACUGGGAAGAUCAAAGAGUAUUACAUACUGAACGCCUCUUCUCUUCUCCCAGUAUUAGCGUUAGAUGUCAAGGAUGGAGAGACAGUCCUGGAUAUGUGCGCUGCCCCCGGUGGCAAGUCUGUAACACUGCUGCAGUGUUCAUCGCCAGGGCAUCUUCAUUGCAAUGAACCGGAUAUCCGCAGAUCGCAAUGGCUGAAGGAGACACUGGAAUCCUUUGUUCCAUCGCCCCAUCUGAAUGCCAUCUCCACUUCCGAACUGGACGGGAGGCUUAUAGGGAAGUUGCAUGCCAAGUCAUAUGACAAGGUCUUAGUAGAUGCCCCCUGCUCCAACGACAGAAGUUGGUUGUUCUCAUCUGAUGCUCUUCAGGCAGCGGAAAGAAUAUCACAAAGGAAAGUCCUCCCUGCAGUCCAAGUAGAGCUACUCAGGUCUGCCAUCCAUGCCCUUCGUCCCGGAGGAUCAGUGGUGUAUUCUACAUGCACAUUAUCGGAGGCUGAAAACAGCGCCGUGGUUUCCAGCGUCUUGAACUCUUGCAGAGACGUCCUCUCCGUGGACCUGAGUGACUUGGCCAAUACAUUAUCCCAUGAGUUCACAUUUUCAGCACACGUAACUCAUGGACUGUUAGUUCUCCCACGUAAAGGAAAAGCCUGGGGACCGAUGUUUGUAUCUAAGUUAAUAAAACUGUAGUUCAAGUUCUUGUGGUCGGUAGAAACUGAUUAACUGCUCCCAACUAAACGGAACAAAAAGUGUUUUGCUUUGUUUUUGUUUUUUGUUGUUACUGUGAUCGUUCAUAUUUUUUAUGUUUUUAAAGGGAAUUUCCCACAAAGAACAUGUAUCCCCUAUCCACAGGUAUGGGGUAAAACUGGCAGAUUGCUAGGGAUCUGUCUACUGGGACGCUCAGCGAUGAAGUCAUCGGGGGUCCCUAAUUACUCAUAUGAAUGGAGCAAUAGUUUGCAUGUGUGACAACCACUCCAUUUUUUUCUAUGGUACUUUUGGGGAAAGAGAUGAGCACUGUGAUCAGCAGUCCUAUGGAAGUGAAGAGAAUGAUGAUCAUGCAUGCACAAAGCAUGUAUCCCUUAUACAGAAUACAUAGAGCAUGUGUGAUCACCAGGGGCCUGUCUGUUGGGACCCACAGCGAUUUAAGAGAGUGGAGGUCCCCAAUGCUCCAUAUGAAUGUAGAAGUUGUGUGCAUGCAUGACCACCGCUCUAUUCACUUCUAUGGUACUGUUGGUGGUAGAGCAUUGUACUUAGCAUAGCCAUAGAAUUGCAUGGAACGAUGGUCAUGCAUGCACACUACUAUGGUGAAUCGUCCCUGUCCGCAGUGGGGCUCACAAUCUAAGUUCCCUAUCAGUAUGUGGGAGGAAACACAUGGAGAACACCCAAACGUCAUGCAGAUGAUGGAGUUGGAUUCGAACCUAGGACCCCAGGGCUGCAAGGCACCAGUGCUGACCACUGAGUCACCGGUGCUGCCCAGUCCAAAACUGUCAUUUACACACAUUAUUCCAAACAUUUUAACCCCUGCGCUAUAACACAAUAACGUUCUUGGACCCUGGUAAGAGGUUGUCCACGGCUGCCAUUACAGUCCUCCGAAUGUAUAAGCGAUGAAAGCUUUAUUUAUACAUUAGCGCUAACUGCAGACGCUUUAGUAGAACUCAUGCAUGAACAUUUCAUUUUAAAUUCAUAAAGACUUGUAUUUUCCAGCGAUGAUUUAUAUUCCGGCGCUGUCAUAGGAAGCCCAAGAUGCCUUAUUUGCUAAGUUGUUUACUGGUAACGAGAGACUUGUGUUUACUGCAAAGGUCAGAGACUCCAUUGACAUUGCCUUUCAUCUCUACCAGAUUUACUAAAUAGGAAUUAAAAGGUUAAACUGUGUCAAAAAAACAGCUUGAAGUUUCCUCCUCUUGCUUGAAGGAGUCGGUUUGCACCAGGAUGUAAAUUGAAUUACCAAAGAUGAUUAGUAACAAUAAUUGUUUUGUGUUUUGCAUAUAAAACCCUCCAAGCAUGAGAAGCCCUUUAUAGUCUUUAUCUCUUCCCUUUGUAAUUACCAUGCUUAUAUGGUUUUAUAGCACACCACCCUUUUCUAGACAGUGCACUUUAUCUAGACUUGAUCCACAGAUUAGGAUCUAUUUAUUUCCUCCUACUGAGGUAGCGCCAACCUACUCCACAGCAUUGGACAGAUACUGUCACU